AUGUUUUAUCUCAACAUUCCAUUGCUUUUAGGAGUAUUUUUCGUAGGAUUUGCACAUUCGCAGUCGCCAAAACCAGGAUGUAACACUACGUGUAUCUCGGAAGAGAAACAGUUUCCCUAUUUCCAAUGUGAUAACUGUGAUUGUGUAUUACUGGAUGAUUUUUGUGACAAAGACCAAGACUGUUUGGAUGGCAGUGAUGAGCCAGCGAAUUGCUCUGCUUCAUCAUGUGUUGGCCUCCAUUUUACCUGCGGUAAUGGCCAGUGUCUCCCUCUACAUUACCUUUGUAACGGACUGGUAGAAUGUGCUGAUGCGACUGAUGAGGUGAAUUGUGCCAUACCCAAAGACCCUUGCCAGCCAAAUCACUGGUACUGUGAGAAGGAAGGUCGAUGUGUGCCUCUCCCAAAAGUUUGCGAUGGAAAUAAUGAUUGUAAAGACGGCGCAGAUGAACAGUGUGCUGCUUUAAGUGAUAGUUGUUCGUUGAUGUCAUGUGAAUACGGAUGCAGGAAGACCCCUACUGGUAGUGUCUGUUACUGCGCCGAAGGCUAUCAGGUGAACAGUCAGAACAAGAGAGCGUGCGUGGACUUAGAUGAGUGCAGCUCGUGGGGUUACUGCGACCAGACGUGUGAAAACAUGGUGGGCUCAUAUAAAUGUUCAUGUCAGGCGGGAUACACUCUAGUCGGAAGUGGGACAUGCCAGACGACAGAUCGGGACAGCAUGCGCAUCCUCAUCCUGUACGAGGACGCCAUCAUCAGUAUCAAACCUGACGGAACUGACAACAAGACGCUUGUUAAAACAAAAAAUGCUGUGGAUUUCGAUUACCAUUUUGAUAAGAAGAAACUCGUGUGGGUGGAAAAAUAUCAACCAAUGAUCUUCAUGUCAGACAUGCGAGGAAAGCAUCGUGCUUCUUUGGACAUCAAGGGGGUGGCGUCUAUCAAAAGUGUCGUGGUCGACUGGGUCGCCGAUUUGAUCUACUUCAUUGCAUCGGAGGGGAAGCGGAUUGACGUCAUAACGAUGGACGGGCAGUACCAGCAUCCCGUGACUGAGUUGCAGUAUCCCGGCACGCUGGCUAUUGAUCCAGUCAAAGGCAUGCUGUUCUACACGGACACCAAAAACGUUAUGGUUGGUCGGUUACCCAUCAUGUACGCGUCACCCAUUGGUGAACUUCACCUCAAGGUCCCCCUGGUGGUGGGUUUGGACAUUAAAGACUGGUUACUCAAGCCGCAGGGGAUGCAUGUUGACGCGACCAAUCAUAGGUUGUUUUAUACGGACACGUUAUUGAACACGAUUGCAUCGGUGGAUUAUCUUCCAAGCGUGACUCCAAAAAUGAGGCGCACCUCCCUCACGGGUGCCAGAUUCGCGCCCCAUCCUAGCGACGUCUCCGAAUUCGAGGACAAAAUUUUCUACGUUGACACAGUGAAGAUGGGUGUCAUCUCAGCCUCGAAGUAUAACAACCAAAGUUCGUUCAAACAGAUCUAUAAAGAUACGAAGAAGGAACCGAAGGGGAUACAGAUAUUUCAUAAUUCGAAGCAACCAGAUGUACGUAACCCGUGUGCCUACAGUAACUGUUCCCAUCUCUGUAUCCCGAGUUACGUCAGCGGUGCAGCGGAACUGGGCUUUCGAUGCUUCUGCGACGUCGGCUAUGAUGGAGAGGUCACGAAGUUCGGCAAGGUCAACUGUAAAAAAAUGGAAAACUUCCUCAUUUACUCUCUUCUCUACACCGUUGAGGGAGUCCACAUGAACACGACCUCUACCGAUCAGAUCAUCCGGCCAGCCUUCUCCCCAAUAGUUGCACCACACAGAGGAAAGGUGGAGGCACUGGACAUUGACACACAUGAUGGGUAUAUCUAUUACGGGGAUGUACGCAGUAACUUUAUUUAUAGGGUUAAGGCUGAUGGUUCAGAUCAAGAAGUAGUAAAAGCAACCGACCUCAACCAAGUCAAGGCGAUGGCUUUUGAUUGGAUAUCAAAGAAUCUCUACUUCACGGAACAGAUCAAAAAGACUAUUCGUGUCAUCAGCAUCCGCAGCACGGAACACCCUAUGAAGACGAUUAUUCGCAACAUCUGGCAGCCAAAUGGAAUCGUGGUCGCACCAAAUGACGGUUUCAUCUUUUGGUCGGAGAGUAUGGAAUCGGCCAAAACUCGCGGCAGAAUCGGACGUGCCUAUGGGGAUGGGACGAAUAUAACGUAUAUCCGUGAAUUUGGCGUUGGCAUCCCGAUGGGUAUGAUGAUUGAUCAUGCAAUGAAGAGGAUCUACCUUGCUGAUGAUCAGUACAAUAGAAUCCAGUACUUCGAUUUCAGCGGGAAUUACAUCAAGACUCUGGUCAGCUCAAAACGACCUCAUGGGAUUGCAAAAUAUGGCAAUAUCUUUUUCUACGGAGACUGGUACAAUAAGGCUCUGAUUCGUAAGGGUCCUGGUGUUUCGCCACGAGAGAGGAUAGUCCGUGAGAAUGAAGUCACCAUCAUGGACGUUAAAGUCUACGACAAGUCACUGCAGGUUAUAGAAAGACGGAACCUUUGUCGCGACAAAAACGGCCUCUGUUCUCAUUUCUGUUUUCCGGUUUUCAUCCUUUUGCCACACUACUCGAGCCCGACGUAUGAACGCCAUUGCGGCUGCCCGGACGGCAUGCGCGUGAAACCCGACCAACGGACGUGCGAGCGGGACCCUGACAUGACCACGGUCCAGCCGUGCCUGGGAUACUUCCAGUGCGCCAAUGGCCGCUGUGUGCCGCCUGGGUGGAGAUGUGAUGGUGACAAUGACUGUUUUGAUAACUCUGAUGAAGCAGACUGCGGCGAAAGGACCUGCGCACCAGGAUUCCAUAAGUGUGACAACGGCAAGUGUAUUCAUCCGCGGUGGGUCUGUGACGGUGAUAAUGAUUGUGGAGAUAUGACAGAUGAGCUGAAUUGUCCCAAUAAGACGUGUACUAGCGCCGAGUUCACUUGCGAUAACGGGCUGUGUGUCAGUCAUCGAUAUCUCUGCAACACUGUUAACGACUGCGGAGAUGGGUCGGAUGAAAGCGUGGAACACUGCGUUGGCAAGACAUGCACCCCUGAUGAGUUCAAAUGCAAUAACAAUCGCUGCCUGACCUCACGAUGGGUUUGCGACGGUGACAACGAUUGUUUGGAUUUCUCUGACGAACAGGACUGCCCACCCAAAAAUUGCACUGCAGAUGUGCAGUUCAAGUGUAAAUACUUCGACAAGUGCAUUCCGGUCGGAUUGAAGUGCAAUGAGAACCCGGACUGUCCGGAUUAUUCCGACGAAAUCGGUUGUCCUGACCGACCAUACGAAGGUUGCCAUGAGGACGAGAUACAGUGCUCGCCGGGCGGGGAAUGUAUCCCGACGAAAUGGAAGUGUGAUGGUCAGAUCGACUGUGAGAACGGCAUUGAUGAACCUGAAGAUUGUCCGGCUGUCACCUGCCUCGCAAACCAAUUCCAAUGUGAUAACGGGCGCUGCAUGUGGAAUCAUUGGGUCUGCGAUGGCGACAAUGACUGUGGUGACAAUAGUGACGAAGCCAACGAGAGGACAUGUGCUCCAAAGACGUUCACUUGUCCAUCAAUUGGACUCUGGAUGUGCCCAGGCUAUCAGCAGUGUAUCAACAAGACAUUCGUUUGCAAUGGAAAAGAGGAUUGUCCUGAUGGUGGAGACGAGGGCGGAGAGUGCAAUGACCUUGUGUGCACGGAGAACAACGGUGGCUGUAGUCACUACUGUGUGGCGACACCUUUUGGAGCCAAGUGUACCUGUCCAGUUGGUAUGGCAAUCAACGAUUCCAAGAACUGUGCUGAUGAAAAUGAGUGCGAAACACCUGGAAAGUGUAGCCAGACGUGUGUCAAUCUGAAAGGGUCGUAUAAAUGUGAAUGUGACGAUGGCUACUAUCUGAACGAGAAAAGCAAGCAGUGUUUUGCUGCGGACAAUACAUCCGUCGUCUUGUAUGCAACGACUCAUAACAACAUCGUCAAGGCGGACAUUGCCAGUUGGACCUUCUCUGUCCUACCUGUUCCUGCCAUUGGCUACGCCUCGUGCAUGAGCUUCCAUCAGAAAACUGGCCGGCUCUAUUAUGCAGAUACAGUGGGGAAUACCAUCUCUAGUGCAUUUUUCAAUGGGACCAAUGCAACUGUGCUUUUGGAUAACGGCGCUGAUGUAACGACUGCCUUGGCGGUGGACUGGGUUGCUGAGAACCUCUACUACAUGGACUGGUACUUGGAGACUUUAGAGGUCGUGAAGCUGGAUGGGACACAUCGGGCACUUCUCUUUUCCAGUGGGAUCUCGCAACCGAGUGCUAUGGCUUUGGACCCAAGGGACAAACUGAUGUUCUGGAGCGACUGGGGAAAGCCACCAAGAAUCGAACGAGCCGGCAUGGAUGGUUCUGAUCGUAAGAUCAUCAUCAGCGAAAAGGUCUUCUGGCCGAAGGGGAUAACGAUCGAUUACCCUGCAAGGAGGUUGUAUUUCAUGGAUUCCAGGUUGGACUAUAUCGAUUAUUGUAAUUACGAUGGUUCUGGGAGAACAACACUUAUUGCCAGCAGUCAGUUGAUUCAUUCUCCUGUAUCAAUCACUGUGUUUGAAGACUACAUCUAUUGGUCAGAUGAGCACUACAAACGGAUCAGCCGAUGCGGGAAAUUCAGCUGUACGGGAAAGACGGUGGACGUGCACUCCCUGAAGGGAGCCAUUGCUGUUUUGAUCCAGCACCCGCUGCGUCAGCCAAAUGCAACCAACCACUGCCUCAAUUCACAGUGUAGCCAUCUCUGUCUUCUGUCACCAACUGAAUCCUCUGGCUUCAAGUGUGUCUGUCCGGCUGGGAUGCGUCUCGACUCGAACAAGAAGACUUGUGCUGCGGAUGAUAAGAUGUUUCUGAUGGUCCUAGUUAAGUACAGUCUUCAAGGAGUCAGUCUACCGCCUCUCAAUGCCACUAUCCAGCCUUUUGUUCCAAUCUCGAACAUCCGUAAUGGCAUCGACUUUGACUUUGACAGCGAGAAGAGGAUGAUUUAUUGGAUUGAAUACUUUGAACAUAAUCAGACAAGUCAGGUACAUCGCUGCGGUUUUGAUGGUCAAAACCGGGAGCUGUUCGCACCGACCAGCUUCAUCGGGACGCCGUACAGUCUGGCGAUCGACUGGAAGUCCAGGAACCUGUAUUACGGUGACAUAAAGUACCACACCAUCAAUGUGAUGAAUUUGGAAAAGCCGCAGUUCCAUAAGAUUCUGUAUAAUAAUAAUGGCAAGAAUGCUCUGGAGAUGACGUUGAAGGUGUUCAAGCCGACUGAUAUGGUGGUGGAUCCAGUCGAGGGAAACCUGUACUUCAUUGACGGAGGUGGUAAUGGCGUCCCGAAAAAGAUCCAGCGCAUCUCUCUCGAUGGCCAAAUAGGCGCAAUCCAGACGCGCGACAUCCUCAGCGAGCCGACCGGACUGACGUAUGAUGCUCCUAGUCACACUCUCUAUUGGGCUGAUCCGCAAUUACAUGCCAUUCGCCAAGCCGUCACCAACCCAAAAGGAAACGACCGUGUGCUCAUCAAUUCGCCCACAGUUCAUGCUCCUCGAGGAAUCGCGACCAGCGGCGGGAAAUUAUACUACACCGACUCUGCUUACGAGACAAUAAUGCAAGUUAAAGUGUCCGAUUUGAGUCAGAAAAAGACGAUAAUUGGCUCAGAAAAAUUAUGGGGAGGCGCUGCAAACAACCUCGGAAAAUUGAAAAUGUAUAGUAGCAGGCAUGAGGGAGUAACAAGUAGUUGUCGUACCAACAAUGGCGACUGUGAACAACUCUGCCUUCCGAAGUCGGACGGAGGAAAGAGGUGUGACUGUGCGACUGGCUUCACUCUUGGUGGCGAUGGCAAGUCAUGUACACAGCCGACAUCAUUCUUGAUCACCCAGCAAGCGACCGUCAUGCGUGCGUUUGAACUCAAAGAUGACCCACUAGAGGCCAUGAUCCCUGUCGCUGCUGUCCAAGCACCAGCUGUCUUCCGAUCUGUAACAGCUGACGUUGCGAAGGGCUUCAUUUAUUGGUCCCAGGGAAAUUUCCAGCAAGGUUCCGGCAAUGGCAUUUACAAAAUAAAACAGGAUGGUACGGAAAUGAAACCUGUGAUCGAGAAUGGACUUGGCAGUUAUGGAAUUCACGCCAUGUCGCUCGAUUGGUUGACAGGGAAUCUCUACUUCGUGAACGUAUUCAAGACGACCACUGAUAUUGAAGUUCUACGCUUGGACACCAAGUACAGGAAGAUUAUAUUCUCUACAACUAUGGAUGUCCCGUUUAAGCUGGCUGUUAAUCCCAUUAAGAGGUAUCUUUACUGGAUCGAUCGGGGAAGCAAUGGGAAAAUCAUUCGUAGCCGCCUCAAUGGAAUGAAUGCCACCAGUAUCGUCACAACCGGAGUGUCACGCCCGACCGGGAUAACGAUAGAUAUCACGACACAUGAUGUGUACUGGGUCGACUCUGCUGUGGAUGCCAUACAGAAAGUCUCAUGGAAUGGCGGAAGUCGACAAUAUAUUCGAACCAACCUUCCCAAUCCUGUAGCUGUUGUUUUGUCCAACACUGACAUCUAUUGGGCAGAUUUCAAUCUACAAAUGGUUCAGAAAAUAGCGCGGCCGAGUUCCAGGAAGAGACGUCAUGUGACCCGGCGCAGCGCCGACGAGGUUAAGAUCAUUCGCCGCAGCUUGGAGGACCUGAGUAGCCUUUUCGUCUUCGAUAAGCAGGCCCAGCCAACCGGAGACAAUGGGUGUACCGAUAAUAAUGGUGGAUGUGCCCAAAUCUGUUUCCCAAUGCCGAAUAAAGCGCCACCUAUAUGCGAUUGUGCUAUUGGGGAGUUGAAAGAUGAUGGGAAGUCUUGCGGAGAUAUUGAAAAUUUCCUCAUCUUUGCCAUGAAGACGGAAAUCCGCAGCCUCAGUUUGGAUACGGACGACACCUCACGGCCAUUUGCUCCCAUUCACGAUCUUUCUGGCGCUGUGGGCCUCGAUUUCGACGCUCAAAAUCGCAUGCUUUACUUCACGCAGUUCAAAGAGAAAACGAUAAGUCGAGUCUCACUCAGCAACUUGGGUAAUGUGGAAGUGUUGCUCAAGAAUGAGGGAAACAAGACAGUCAUCAAAGCACCAGAAGGCAUCGCCUAUGACUGGGUUGGACAUCGCAUUUACUGGACAGACAAGGAAUUACAUGCGAUAAACUCAAUGGAUGUAAACAAAAGGCAACCAGUCCAAUUAGUUGGCGUUGAGACGCCAAGAGCUAUUGUAUUGGAUCCGUGCAAAGGGUACAUGUACUGGACAGAUUGGGGCAAGAACCCAAAGAUCGAACGCGCGACAAUGGCAGGAAACUCCCGCACUGUCUUGAUUUCUGAAAACCUUGGAUGGCCGAAUGGCCUGUCGCUCGACAUCGACCCAGAAAUCGGACUACCAAAGAUGUAUUGGGCAGAUGCAAAGAUGGAUGUCGUUGAAAGAGCCAACAUGGAUGGUACGCUGAGGGAGACACUCGUGUCGUGGACCGCACAUCCUUUUGCCGUGUCCAUCCAUGGACACUACAUGUAUUGGACAGACUGGACCCACGCGGGGAUUUUCCGUGCCUUGAAACACAACGGUGAAGAUGAGGUUACAAUGUUGUCCGGACUGACAAGUCGGCCUAUGGAUGUGCAAGUCUUCACAAAAGAGAGGCAAAUCUGUACCACUGGACCUUGUGACAAACACAAUGGUGGGUGCUCGGAUCAUUGCCUGCCAGACGCAAAUGGCGGCGUCAGUUGCAAAUGUGACGACUCGAACAAGAUCCUGGCGAACAACGGCAAGAUGUGUGUGCCAAAAGCGAACAAUUGUUCAAAGGGUUAUGAUAAUUUUGUUUGCGCAAAUGGACAAUGUUUGUGGGAGGGGGCGGUAUGUGAUGGAGAUAACGAUUGUGGUGACAACAGUGAAGAAAAUGCUAACUAUUGUGCUGACCGCACCUGUCCGCCAUACUCGUUUGUCUGUGACAAUGGCCGUUGUAUCAACAUGCAUUGGCGAUGUGAUUAUGACGAUGACUGCCAUGACGGAACGGACGAAAGAGGCUGUGAUUUCCCCACCUGCGACCCAGAUUCCUUCCGAUGCACAAAUGGCCGCUGCAUUGAUAAGCUUGCCCGAUGUAACGGGUAUAAUGAAUGCCGGGACAAGACCAUGUCUGAUGAAUUGAAUUGCCCAAAUGUGACGUGUCGGCCGGAUCACGUCAAGUGUAUGAACAGCAGUGUGUGCAUCCACCAGCACUAUUUAUGCGAUGGUGACAAGGAUUGUACGGAUGGCUCGGAUGAAUACGAGACGUAUUGCGCCGCACAGGAUUGUCCGCAGGACUACUUCCGCUGCAGCAACCAUCGUUGUUUGGCGCAUUACCACUUGUGUAACGGCCGUAAGGAUUGUCCAGAUGGAGCUGAUGAGGAGUUGGAUUGCCAAAAUGAGAACCGCACAUGUUUCCCUGGCCAAUUCACAUGUGAUAGCGGCCAGUGCAUAAGUAACCGGUUCAUCUGCGAUGGGGACGAUGAUUGUGGAGAUAAUUCGGAUGAAGAUCUCAAGCUUAAUUGCAUCGACAAAACAUGUCCUCCCGACUUCUUCACCUGUGCAUCGAAAGGUCGCUGCAUUCCAAACGUUAACGUCUGUGAUGGUUACCGCCAGUGCCCUGGUGGUGAGGAUGAGCAACAGAACUGUCCGAAACGCUCGUGUCAGUCUCACCAGAUGCAGUGCGCGAAUGGGAUAUGUGUCCACGCAGCCUGGCGGUGCGACCAUGAUAAUGACUGUGGAGACUUGUCAGAUGAAGCUAAUUGUACGUAUCCUGUGUGCGACCCUGACAAUCAAUUCAGUUGCGACAACAAGCGAUGCAUCGAUAAGAAAAAAGUCUGCGAUGGUCAGGAUAAUUGCCAGGACAAUUCUGACGAGAAAGAAGACAUGUGCCUAACGCCUGCCCCAACGUGUCCGGGUACCCAGUUCCGCUGCGAGGACGGUAGUUGUAUCAACUAUGCUCUAGUCUGCAACAAAAACCCUGACUGUCCUGAUCGGUCGGAUGAAGCUCACUGCAACGUAGAUGAAUGCGCCACGAUGACGUCCAACCAAUGUCAGCAUAAAUGCAUCAACACUGUGACAAGUUUCUACUGCGAGUGUAACCCAGGUUAUAAACUCUCAACCAAUAGGAGGAGCUGUCGUGAUAUCAACGAAUGCACCGAAGUACCAGGAGCCUGCAGUCAACUCUGCUUCAAUACGCCAGGCUCCUAUACCUGCAAAUGUGAUGAGAAAUAUGUCAAGCUGGCCGAUGAGAAGAGUUGUGCCAAGAGAGAUAACAUCGUUCCCUGGCUACUCUUCAGCAACCAAUACUACAUCAGGAAUCUCUCCCUCGAUGGUCAGUACUAUAACCUGACCAAGAUGGGCCUCCUUCUCGCAUCCGCCCUAGACUAUGACCUCAAAGACAACCGCAUCUACAUCAUCGAUGCACGGGCGCACAAAAUCCAGCGCUUGUUUAUGAACGGGUCAAAUCUUGAAGAUAUUAUGAAACACGAGAUGCCUAAUGGGGAGGGUUUGGCAGUGGACUGGGUUGGAAGGAAACUUUACUGGACAGAUAUCACGUAUGAAGCCAUCUUUGUGUCGGAGCUGAAUGGAACAAGUAGGAAGACGUUGCUUAAUGGUGGCAUGAGUAACCCUAGGGCUAUUGCUGUUAAUCCAAAAACAGGCCAUCUGUACUGGACAGACUGGGGCCUCUCUCCCUACAUUGCAAGGGCAGGUCUCGAUGGAACCCGGAGAAAGAACAUCAUCACCACCAGGCUAGGUUGGCCAAAUGCCUUGACCAUUGAGUAUGUCACAGGGAAGAUAUACUGGGCGGACGCUCACUUAGAUUAUAUUGAAUCUGCGAAUUACGACGGCUCGGGGAGACAGACCAUCAUCCAGGGCACAGUCCCGCACGUUUUUUCCAUUACUAUAUUUGAAGACUACAUGUACUGGACCGACUGGAACCACAGGGCUGUAGAAAAGGCCAAUAGAUUCACAGGAGAAAAUCGACAAAUUCUUAAAAAUCUCACUCACAGACCUAUGGACAUUCAGGUUUUCCAUCCAUUGAGACAGUUAGAUACGCCCAAUCCUUGUGGAACGAACAACGGCGGCUGUUCUCACCUCUGCCUCAUCGCGCCGGGCGCCAAAAACUUCACCUGCGCCUGCCCCGAGUUCUUCAUGCUGAGCGACAACAAUAAGACAUGCGUCGCGAAUUGCACAUCGUUGCAAUUCCGUUGCGGAGGUUCGGACGAUAAAUGUAUUCCGUUGCUAUGGCGAUGUGAUGGCGACAAGGAUUGUCGAGAUGGAGCGGACGAACCAAACGAUUGUCCUGUGCGGCAUUGCCCCUCGGGACAAUUUCAAUGCACGAAUCUCAACUGUACCUACCCGUUCAAAAUCUGCGACGAGGUUGACGACUGUGGCGACAAGUCAGACGAACAGGACUGCAUGAAGCGCGACUGCAAUGUCUGGCAAUAUCGGUGCGGUAAUCACAUCUGUAUCGCCAAGGGCUGGGAAUGUGAUGGCAUAGAUGAUUGUGGCGAUGGUAGCGACGAGUUGCCGAAGAAUACAGCGUGCGCUGUACGCACCUGUGAGUCUGACCAGUUCACGUGUGGAAAUGGCCGCUGUAUCCCACUGAGAUGGCGCUGUGACUUUGACGAUGACUGCGGCGAUGGGUCAGACGAACCAAAAGCCAUAUGUGAGCAGCAGAAAUGUCUUCCAGGUUGGCGCCAAUGCGAGACCAACUACCGCUGCGUCCCACAGUGGGUGAUGUGCGACGGUCAAGACGAUUGUCGAGACGGGUCAGAUGAAAAGGUGGAACGAUGCCCUGUGUGUCAUUCGACUGGCGACUUCCAUUGUAAAAAUCACAAAUGCAUCCCUUUGCGAUGGCGGUGUGAUUUUGGCGACGACUGUGGCGACAAUAGUGAUGAAGAUCCACAGAUGUGCGCCUCUUUGUACCGCUCCUGCUCCGAGUCUGAAUUCUGUUGCGACAAUAAGAAGUGUAUUCCGGGCAGGUGGCGCUGUGAUCACGAUAACGAUUGUGGUGAUGGGUCAGACGAAACUAAAUGCUUGUAUCGUGAAUGCCUCGCCAACCAAUUCAAAUGUGCGAGUGGCCAUUGCGUCAGUUCAGAUGUGGUCUGCGAUGGGGACAAAGACUGCCGUGAUUUAUCGGAUGAGAUGAAUUGUACCACGCGCUUCCCCCAAGGCCGCUUCUGUCCAGCCAAUCAGUUCGAGUGUGCAAAUACUAUAUGUAUCCCGCGGGAAUGGCGCUGUGAUGGUGAUGACGAUUGUGGCGACAAUUCGGAUGAAGCACCUAAAAUCUGUGCCGGCAUUGAUUGUCCCGAAGCAACACGAUUUAGAUGUACCAAUUUCAAAUGCAUUCCAAAAUGGCGGCAGUGCGAUAAGGUUGAUAAUUGCGGAGACGCUUCGGAUGAAAACGACCAUGAUGUCUGUCAGCCAUCACCCCAUCACUCAACAUGCUGGUUGCAACAGUUUAAGUGUGCCAAUAACGAUUGUGUCGAUCCGAGCAAAGUGUGUGACAAUGUCAAAGAUUGUUCGGAUGCAACAGAUGAAAUUGGUUGUCAUAAGUCUGGCGGUACGCAUUCAAGCUGCAGUCAAAGUAAUGGAGGAUGUGAGCACAACUGCACGAUGUUGACGUCGCCUGCAGGAGGGUACUACUGUACAUGUAAUGUUGGUUUCACUGUGUCAACCACGGACAAGAAGUCAUGCGUAGAUGUGGACGAGUGUGCAAAAUGGGGCAACAAUUGCCCUCAGCUGUGUCACAACUUGAAGGGGACUUGGAAGUGUCAGUGUGCCCCUGGGUUCUCUGGUCAGAGGGGAAAGUUUUGCAAGCCCGACGAAGGGCCAGCCUUCGUCCUCAUGUUUGCCGUCGGAAACGAAAUCCGCCAACAUUUCCUUCAACGUUCGAAAGGCGUCGACGAGGCCUAUUACUCUGAUGCCGUCAUCGCUGACCGUAGAGUAUCCGCCCUUGACGUCGACGUCACUAAGGAGUUGUUGUAUUGGAGCGACUCGUCGCUACGGACCAUCAAGAGGGCCAGCAUCCCCGGUGAUCCAAAACUUCUCGGCUACCCCCAGGAUUUGGAAGUGAUGGAUAUGAAUGACCCGUCUGGGUUGGCCAUCGACUGGGUGACAAAGACGAUGUUUUGGACUGACGCUGGGAAGUCUUCGAUAUACGUUUCCCUUUCCGACGGCCGUUACAAGAAACUCCUAAUCAACGAUGAGAAGUUAAAGACGCGUCCAUCUGCAAUAGUCAUUGAUCCAGACUUAGGCCUUAUGUUCUGGACAGAUGUCCACAGCCUCAGCCCAAAGAUUGAGAGUGCAUGGAUGGACGGCAGUAAUCGUAAAGUUCUCAUCAGUACAAAACUUGGGAACCCGACGGGCCUUGCCAUUGACUACCUCAUGCAGCAUAGGAUCUAUUGGUGCGAUGAUAAGAAGAAUACGAUUGAGUCGAUGAAAUUUGAUGGGACGGACAGGGUUACGGUGGUCGGAGUUGGCCUUGACCACCCCUACAGAAUGGACGUCCUGACAGACUACAUGUACUGGGUUUCCCGCCUUUCCGGGAAGAUCUACCAGAUGGACAAGUUUGGUCGCGGCGUCAAUCAAACGCUUCAAGCUGGUUUGACGCUGCCGUCGGACAUCAAGGUGACCCACCCGAGCAAAUAUAACGUGACAAUCAAAAAUCGUUGCAACAGCCUUGGAUGCUGGCCGCUUUGUGUCCAUAUUCCAAAUGGAGCAUCUUGUUUGUGCCCAGAUGGUAGCAACUCGAACAAUGGGAGAAUCUGCAAUUCAGUUGUGGAAGUGGGCAAAGGCAACCCAAAGGCCUGCAAGUGUAUCAAUGGAGGUGUCUGCGCUCUGUCUUACACCUCGGGAAAGAAUGCUACCGUGUCCUGCAAGUGUCCGAAAGGUUACAAGGGUGACCGAUGUGAACUUAUUGACCCCCAGGCCCUGAAGGAACAGCUAGAAGACACACGAACUGCUGCCAUUGUAGUGCCAAUUAUUAUCAUUCUGAUCGUCGCGAUUCUCGCCAUUGCUGGCUAUCUUCACAUGAAAAGGAAAGGAGACGAUUUCAGCUUCCAGCGUUUCACCGUCCUCAACAACAUCCAGUUACCCAAGUUGCCGACGAUGCCUCGGAUGCCGGAGUGGGCCUCAAAAUGGAUGGCCAAGCUGCCGUUCCGGUCGCGCGAGAGUGAGACCGUAGCCUUCCACGGUGGCACGUCAGUUGAUAUCGGCACUCCAUCCUUCAUGUCAGACGAGGAGACUGUCUCUCCCGAGGCUCUCGACAGUAACUUCGGCAUCACCGAUCCAGAUCGCCCAACCAAUUUCAGCAAUCCAAUGUAUGACACUCACGGUGAACCAACGACCCCGACGUCUCCUGUCACAAUGGCACCCCCUGUCGACACCUACACACCCACGGCACCCAGCCGCCCUUCAAAGCAGCGCAGGAGAGAGGAGCAGCGCUCGACGUCAUUGUCGGGUGACCCCGCCGAUGGUGAUCCACAUACGUCGUAUCCAACAGGUUACCCGCCAUUCGAAAUGGACACUGAGGUCCUAAUGCGAGAUGACGACCCAAGUGCGUUCUGACUUUAAUUUGAUUUGCCGGUCACUUAUAGCUUAACUUUGAUUGGUCAACAUGUAUUCAAAGUUGGAUAUGAUUGGCCAGUCAUUUUCAUUGUGUAUGUGAGUGGCCCACGAGCGGGUAGCUGCCUGAAGUGGAACUGUAGAUUGCUUCACAUACAUUGUAAAAGUGCACCACAAAGAUUUUGUGCCUUGGAAUUGUGGCAAUAUACAUGUAUAAAGUAAAUAAAUGAGGUUAAAAGCAUUGAUGCAUGACUAGUGCAUGCACAUCAUCAUCCAAGGCGUCAUGGUCCAAAAUUGGACCUUUGCCUUUGCCUCAUCAUUUGGAUGUAGGAUCAUAAUUGGACAAUUGUACACAAGAAAUAAUGUUCUGCUGAGAGUUGUAGGAAUUACUUACAUGCACUAUUUAACCUCUUGAAUCCCAGUGACCGACCAGUCGGUCAUUUUGUAAUAACAUUUUUGACAGGUCGGUCUCGGUGAUAUUUUUAUUCCCUUGAGCUGGGACGCUAGUUUAUUGUUUGUUUUAGCGUGUUUGAUGUACAGUAGGGUCAGUUAGAGCAUGCCUGGGUAGAUGGCGCCUCGGUACUGGACUUUGGCGGUUGUGUGUGGGUGCCAAACAUCGUGAAAGUCAGACCCAAUUUUGCAACCACGUGACCACCCUGGGAUUCUGGGAUUUACAAGUUUUGGGAUUCAAGAAGUUAAGCCCUAUAUUUUUGCAGCCCUGAAUUUUUGCAAAAAUGUCCUUACAUGUAUAAGGCCUCAUUGGCCUCAAAUUCUGCAAAUGGAUGAUUUUUUUCCAAUGUUAAUAUCAUCAGAUCAGAAAUUUUCAAGCCAUUUUGCAAUUUGACCCCUAACUUGCAAACAUAUUAGGGUUGUAAAAAUAUUUUUAAGGGCUUACAUUAUCUGUUUUUUCAGUGAAUCAAUGAAUUAUUUUCAUAAAGAAAUAUUUUUCUGAGAGAUUUUUCACAUCAAAUGUCUAUUUUGUAAAUCAAUUGUAGUUUUGCUUUCCAAGCAUUUUAGACUAGUUGCAUUUAUAAGAAUGUAUUAUAUUUUUGAACGUUUUAUGAAUUUUAAUGACUGAUUGGACAAUUAAGGUUGCUGGAAGUUUUAGAAAAACGUUGUCUGACAUGUGCAUAAUACACGGCCUAUUCCAAGAUGCUGUAUGUUUAUUUGCUGUGUGAAAGUAUUUUGUAGAAUUAAAGCAACCCACGAACACCGCCCAAUGAAUUUUUGUUGCUGCCGCUUGCAACAUUUAUAUACAAUGAGUGUUAAAAUGCUGCGAUGAGUGAUAAAAAGAUUGCUCAUCUGCAAGUAAAAUCGGCAAUGACUGGAUGUGAUAUAGGUCACAUGUUGCAGUGAUCACCAGUUCUUACUGCAGACACCUGUCCCACAGGUGUCUGCGGUAAGAACCACCACAAUGAUAGAUUUUCAUUUCAUGAGAAGAUUGCAAGUCAAACAAACAAAAUUGUGCAUAUGUGGAGCCUCUGCCACAAGGUUUGUAUUGUUAAGUGCCAAUUUUCUCAAAUCGGCCAACAUGGCACUUGCCGGGCUCUUGCACGCAGCCCUUCAAAAUUUCCCUGUAAAUGUAUGUAAUCUCGUAGUUUAGACAUAGGAAAAUAUUUACAUACAUGUACUGUAAACCGUGUACUGUUCACGUUUUACAGUAACAUUUGGCGUAGACUGGAAUUAUCAAAAGAAUCAAUCAUGCCAUGUUAUUAAACAUGUUAAAGUCUAAACAUAUAUGUGCAUGGACUUUUUGCCUGUUGUUAUCGAUGAAUGUCACUAUUACAUGUACAGUAGAACCUCUGUAUUGAUUACACCCUUUGUACUGAAAAGUGCUGUCCUUGAUAGGCAGGUAUAAGGGAGGUCAUAUUGGAUGGAAACAACCAAAUUGGGUCCAGAGCUAGUGUCCUUAUUUGAGAGGUGUCCACUAAGGGAAUUUCAACUGUUAACAAUAAUAUCAGGAACAGGAAAUCAUUUCCAUGGAAGAGACAUGUACAUUGCUGUGUGUAAUUUGUUCCAAAAU